GGGAAGGGAAAAGGAAGUGGUUUUCACAAGACACUGAAAUGUGUAAUCGACAACUAUGGUGUCCACAAAACAACAGCAGGGAAACACUUAAACCUCAAUGAGGAUUUAGCUGCAAAGCUGAUGGACAGCAUUGAUAAAGAAUUUAGAAAGACCUUCCCAACUGAAUCAAAUCCUGGACCAUUCAACGGGACUAUCAGUUCCUUUUCACUCGACACUGGGAAGCUGAUUAAAAAUCGGAAGUACAAAGACGUGAAACUGCAACUGGAAUUUCUCAGGACUGAGGAAGAAAAAAUAAAGAUAGAACUCCAAGAAACCAUCCGGCAGCGUAAGAAAGAAAUGUACAGCGGCCUGACGACAACAAUCAAGGAAACCAUGCAAACAUGCUACGAAGAUGCUCAAAAAUGUGAAGGAAAAGGAAGACUAGAAAACACUAGGGAAAUCAUAAGGCAGCAUGUUGAUGCUAAUAAGAACACCAUGUUUGAGAAGGCUAAAGAUGAAAUGAUGUCAAAACUGAAAAACCUGAAGGAGGAAAUCCUGAAGAAACUGAACGACACAAUGAAGGAGUCUAUUGAGCGCGCUCUCAAUUCAGAUGGACGAUUACUUCCAGGUAAUGUGGAUGUUUAG